CUCAAUAUGCACACUUAGCCCUCCAUUUCGAGUUCAGACGUCGCUACCAUCGAUCACGAUGGAUUUGCUCUCACCACCAACUGCAGAAGUCCAAUACCAAGCUUCUGCUAACGGCCUGACUCGUCUCGGGCCGGACCCAGCCCUCUGUAUACCCUGCCGCCGCCUUUCUCCGCAGGGCCCGCGCUUCUGAAGCCUGAACAACUCAAACACAGCUGCGAAUGAUCACUAUGACCUAGCCAUCGUCUUCCCGAUGCAUUGGCCGGAUUGAAGAUGCUGCCACAAGAACGGGCCCCAAUGCGACGGGCGAAGAAGUCCCGGAAUGGCUGCUCCAGGUGCAAAGGCCAGCGUCUCAAGUGCGACGAAGCGAAGCCUGCCUGCGGACGAUGUGUGCGAGUCGGCGUGCAAUGCCCGGGAUAUGUGCAGAACCUGAAAUGGUCUACCAAAUAUGAGGUCUUCAAUUCGACUACCGGGGACGAGGCGGUCAAGCAGGGACAAGAUAGUGCUAAGAGCAGCCGGCCUAGGGCGCGAUUGGAGGAGUUGGAUACACCUGUGCACAACGGAGGAUUGAACCUGGAAUCGGAACAAACCCAUCCAUUUGACGGAGAAUCCCUGGGCGAUAGAGAGGUACCGCUAGAGAUAGAGCUAGGUAUGGGUGUGCUAGACUUCACCUUCAACAGACUCUUCCCGGAGAUGGACGACGAAUCCAUGGGAAUUAGCGGAAUCCCAAAUUUUGAUUUUGAACAGCACAUGGUACCAUUAUCUUCUGCAGCUACACCAGCAAGAGAUGCGAGGCCGUCAUCUGUCACUAAUACGCAAACCACAAAUCAAACAUCAGAUCCAGAGAGCACUGCCAUCACGACAUCUCGAAAGCGCCCGAAGAGACCGCCCUCUCCACCGUCCAUAUUCAACCUCCGCCAAUCCGUCAAACUCCCCAUAGGCGCGGCUCUCAACGAUGUUUCUUCCAUCCUGACCGAAUUCUACUUCAAGGAAACCGCGCAGGUCUUUUCCUGCUACGAUAGCCAGAUGAAUCCCUUUCGUUCCACGGUAUCUCAGCUCUGGGGGUCGUCAAAAGUCAUAUACUACACCCUUCAAAGCAUGGCAGCUGCCAGUCUUCUCGACAACUUCCCACAUCUCGCCCCAGUCGGCCGCCAACUUCGCGCCGAAGCCAUCGCAGAGCUCAAUAACAACGAAGACCAAUUCGAUCACAAGUCCCUUCUCGCGCUGUUAAUGCUUGGCGGUACGUCCUCGUGGCAUGAUCCCAACGAUCUCGGGCUCCCCUUCUUCAACCUCGCACGCAAGCGCCUAGAGUCCAUGGCUGCCUCAGGUAAAAUGCCCAAAGGCGGGAACAACUACCACUUUUUCGAAGAGUCUUUGAUAUACUGGGAGAUGCUCUUGUCCUAUAUGGCAGACAAUAACAGCCUAGACCCCAUGCGCGAACCUCUCGAGCCAAAUCCUGUCCAACCGUCGCGGCAGGUUCCGCACCCCUGGACCGGCGUUGCCCGUGACUGUCAGUAUGUAGUGCAAGAGGUCGGGCGUGUGAUUCGGCAGCAGCGGAAACUCGCUCACUCACGCUCCUUCACUACAGAGGCCCAUAUCUCGAAGCUGCAAAAAGCCGUGGCACGUGCAACCGAGCUUGAGCUUCGAUUGCUAGAAUUCAGCUACCCAACCGAGCACGAGGUCGUGAGCCCAGAGGACCGCGAGACGCCGGUAUGGCAUCUCCUCAGUCUCGCUGAGGUGUAUAGGAGAACAGGGCUGGUGCAACUCUACCGCGUCUUCCCUGAUCUCCUGAGGCGCAGGCUCCCACCUCUUUCAUCACGAGACGAGCUCGACCCCUUUUCGCCCGCAUCAUCAAUCGACGAUUACGAGAAAGAUCAAGCCGAGGAGAACAGAGAGAGACGGAACGAGUGGCUUACCGUCUUUGCACUGGAAACCCUAAGUCUACUAAAAGAGAUACCACUGGAAUCCGGCACUCGAGAUUUCCAGCCCUUUUUACUCGUAGCGAGCUGCAGCGAGCUCAGAUUCGAGCCAGAUCCGCCUCCAUCGACGCCAAUCAUUGAUCCGGCCGCAGCUUUCGUGUCACAGUUCACGGCACGAUCAAGCGAUGGUAGGGUCAUAACUCCCCUAGCCGGGUUUCACGCCUACUUUGAUGCCCCUAGACAUGUUGGCGGGAGUGGGGCCUCAGCCUUUAAUGCCGCCGAGGUCCCGCUAUCCCACCGGGCGAUCGAGGUCUCUCGCGCGCGCCAGCUUAUCGAGGGCAGACUAACGAGUUUUCUGCACAUCCUGCCGCCGAAGCCUAUCUACGUGUGUCUAGAUAUCGUGAGAGCGACAUGGAGAAGGUUGGACGAGACGAAGAACUUGACCGGCAGUGAGGCGGGGGAUGUGUAUUGGAUGGACGUUAUGAUUGAGAACGGGUGGGAGACUACGAUGGGGUGAGUGGCCGAGGUACGUAUCUUUCGAGGCAUCUUAGUGGUUUUGUCGAAGUUAUGGCCCUGGCGUUUUGGAUACCAGAUCGAGGGAUGAGCGUUUCUUGCUUGGAGGGUAAAGGUCAUGGGUCGGGUACGGUUUACGACUAUCUGAAGUUAACGUAGAUGACACGAUUUUAUAAAGCGAUUAUUCAUACGAGAGUCGUA